AUGUGCACGUCCAGGCUCUUCACACUGGUCCUGGUGGUGCAGCCGCCCCGCGUCCUCCUGGGCAUGAAGAAACGCGGGUUUGGAGCCGGGCUCUGGAACGGCUUCGGGGGAAAGGUGCAGCCGGGGGAGAGCAUCGAGGAGGCAGCUCGCAGGGAGCUCCUGGAGGAGAGUGGACUGACUGUGGAUACCUUACAGAAGAUGGGUCAGAUCACAUUUGAAUUUGUAGGCAACUCUGAACUCAUGGACGUUCACAUUUUCCGAGCAGAUCAUUUUCAUGGAGAGCCAACAGAAAGUGAUGAAAUGCGUCCACAGUGGUUUCAGCUGGAUGAGGUGCCAUUCAGUCACAUGUGGGCAGAUGAUAUCUACUGGUUUCCCCUGCUGCUUCAGAAAAAGCUGUUUCGUGGCUAUUUUAAGUUCCAGGGACAAGACACUAUCCUGGAGCACACCCUGAAAGAAGUGGAGGAAGUUUAAGAAAAUGGAAGCAUUCAAUCCACAUGCUGCUGCCCGCACUAGGCUAGAACACCAUGAGCACUACUUAGAAUGGUCUCCUUUCUCAACUCUCCAUCAAAGGAGACUUAUUUGCCAGGUCACUGAGAAGUAAGGAAAAUAAGGGGGUUUCUUAGAGCAGAAAUAAAAGUAACAAGAUUUUCCAUUCUGUGAAGUCCCUGGCUGUAGUAUAUUUAGCGGUUAGGUAAUCACAAUUAUUAAAAACUUGGUGUUAACCCUUUUCUUCACAACUGGCCAAUUGUUUAGGCUUUUCCCUCAUGGCUGGAAAUGUUUUU